GAAGAGGGUGAACCGCUAAACGAGGGGCUCAUAUCAGACACCUUCAGGGGGAAAAUGAAGAUUUUGAUGGUGUUUGAUUUUGACCACACUGUGGUGGAUGACAACAGUGACACCUGGGUGAUCAGAUGUCUUCCGAAUCGGACGCUUCCCAACUCGGUGAAGAGCUCCUACAGGAAAGGCCACUGGACGGAGUUCAUGGGCCGAGUGCUGAAGCACAUCGGCGAGCAGGAGGUCAGCCCCGACGGCGUCCGCUCCGUGAUGGAGACCAUCCCCUACACGGCCGGCAUGGCGGACCUGCUCACCUUCAUAUCGGAGCACAAAGACAGGGUGGACUGCAUCGUGGUGUCCGACUCCAACACGCUGUUCAUCGACUGGAUCCUGCAGGCCGCGGGCCUCCGGGGGGCCGUGGACCACAUCUUCACCAACCCGGCCCACUUUAACGACCACGGGCACAUGGAGGUGAGCGGCCAUCACUCCCACGACUGCCAGCGCUGCCCCGUCAACCUGUGCAAGAGGAAGGUCCUGGAGCAGUACCUGAGCCAGCGGGCCGGCGGCGGCAGUAGCGGCGGCGUGUCGUACCGCUGCGUCGUGUACGUGGGCGACGGCGGGAACGACCUCUGCCCGGCGCUGUGUCUGCGGGCGCAGGACGUGGUGAUGCCCCGGGUGGGGUACAGCCUGGAGAAGCUGCUGAGGGUGGAGGAGGGCGUCCGAGCCAGAGUCUCAGCCUGGAGCAGCGGCGAGCAAAUCCUGCAGGAGCUGAAGGCCAGCAUGGAGUCCUGAAGCCCCGCCCACUGGCCUCACACACUCAGUAUUUAUAUUCUUUUAAGUUUUAAGAAGUAAUGAUUGUAAAAAGACUAAUUUAAGUGAUGUUGUCCUGCAGGGUGUGAGCUGAACAGUGAACACACCCGUGGAAACAGAGUCUGAUGAAAUAUUUUAGUAAUUAUUUUAUCAUGUUAAGGUCUAAACUCCUGGUAUCUGGUGUUGAUUGAUUGGAUUAAUGUAUUUUAACGUGGUUUGUGAUGAAUGCAGUAACACCAGUUUACAUUUGCACCACAUGGUGGCGCUGGAUUGUAAAUCCCAUUGUUGGAGUUCACCGUCACUGUUCUUCAAUCUCACUGCCUGAUGGAGCCACUCUCUCUCCACCGUCUCUUCAGACCGAGCCAUUGUUGUUGUCUUGUUGUUCACAUGACGACAGUCAUGUUGUGAGUCGGUUAAAGCAGCACCUUUUACACCGCUCCAGAUCUAACUUCUAACAUUUAUGCUUAUUUUAUUUGAUAUGAGAAAACCAGAGGCAGCUCUCACACACACACACACACACACACACACACACACACACACACACACACACACACACACACACACACACACACACACACACACACACACACACACACACACACACACACACACACA